AUGGAGACGUUGAUAUUUGCCUACGAGCUUGAACGGAAGUUCAACCGUGCACUGGCAUCUUUCAAACGGCUAACCGAGAUCAUCGAGAAAAGAGAAAUGGAAGAUGAGGGUGUGCAAGCGAAUUCGCCUGAUUUGGGAGAUAAUUCAUCAUUGGGCCAUAUCAAGGGUGAAAGCAGUGUACAGAACGAAGCGAACAAUGAAACAACAAAGUCUCUCGGGCAAGACACCCAGGAUACGAUGGAAGCUAAGAGUUCUAUGGAGAUUCAAAACCCGCAAGAUACAAAGGCAGACUACAAUGCAGGCGAGGCCCAGGACAUUGACGAAAGUGAAUUGCAUGAGUGCGCUACCGGAAGCCAGGAUGCAGAACAGCUGGUAGGGUUACAUCUCUCUCUUGGGUCCCGGACUGGAGAAUACCUGUGCCCGAGGUUGCAUACUUACUACUUCGCAACCUCGAAAAUUGCCACUAUAAAGCCGGAGGGGAAGCAACAAGUCAACCUCAGUUUCCAGGAAGAUGUACCAUUGUAG